UGAAACAAACCAAAAAUCACAAAAUUCAUAGCAUAAAACCAACCGUAGUCAAAAAUGUCUGUUAGCGAGAGGAAAAUGUACAAAAAUGGCGUCAAUGUCACAUAGCAGCAACCGUCCCUAUAACCUCCAUCCAGCCAUGGAUAACGCAACCAAUGUCCCCAACAAUAUAAUCCACCUAGUCCAUAGCAACGUCACAUACUUUUACCAAUCCAAACGACCCCCCGAUCCAAACCAAACAAUUAAACGACGAGACGCCCCAACCUCAAAACUAGACGCAUCCAAAAACGACACAAACCACAGUCACUUCAUGAUGUUAGUAGAAGACUUCAGUGACUACUUUUACGGCAACACCAGCGUCGACACAUUCGUAGACCCGUCGGUCAACGUGUCCACAGAUUUGUUCGACAACCUGAACUGUUCCAUGAACGGAACGUUCAACUCCAGUUGUUUCCGGGACGAGAUCCCGGAGUCGAACUUCUGGGCUUUGUUGCUGCUGAUAUUUCCGUUUUUCACGUUGUUCGGGAAUGUGCUGGUGAUCAUGAGUGUGGUGAAGGAGCGGACCCUGCAGACUGUCACCAAUUACUUCAUCGUGAGUCUGGCGGUCGCUGACCUGCUAGUAGCUGUCGUCGUGAUGCCCUUCGGAGUCUACUAUCUGGUGAACGGCUCGUGGGGGCUCCCCGCGUUCAUGUGCGACAUCUACAUCGCCAUGGACGUCACCUCGUCCACCUCCAGCAUCUUCAACCUCGUCGCCAUCUCUGUGGACAGGUACAUAGCAGUCACGCAGCCAAUCAAGUACGCGAAGCACAAGAACAACCGUCGCGUGUGGUUCACGAUCGUGCUGGUGUGGCUGGUGUCGGCCGCCAUCGGCGCGCCCAUCGUGCUCGGCCUCAACGACACUCCCGACAGGAACUUCGACGAGUGCCUCUUCAACAGCCAGAACUACGUCAUCUACUCGUCGCUCGGCUCCUUCUAUAUCCCGUGCAUCAUGAUGAUGUUUUUGUAUUAUAGUAUUUUUAAGGCUUUAAGGAUAAGAGCGAAAAAACAGAGAGCAGCUAAAAAGCCACCAGUAUGUGGUGACACCACAACGGGGGCCACGACUGCCGUAGUUAUAGAGAAUGUGGCCCAGACGAGAAGACUGGCUGAAACUGCGCUUCAUGAUGACAGAGCAACUAAUACUGGCUCUGGGAGUAAUGAAGAAGACCAUGAAGACAGUUUCGACAAAAGAUCAUUGGAAUUAGAAGCAGAUGCUGAUGAUUGUCACAUCAUUCCUAAUGAUAAAUCCACGGAAUUCAUGUUAGCAACUGUCACAGAGGAAACUCGCAAUACAACCAAAAAGCUAAAAUCAUCAGCAAUACCAGAUCCCAAUGGGAACAAUGAUUCGGGAUAUGCGCCGUCCAAUCUAGAAGACACGAUAAGAGAACACGCCUCCCCGCCUGGAUCUCCAGGCCUUAAACUUGAAGCCACAGUGUUGCAGAACAUGGGCUGCACUGAAAAUGGAUCCAGAGGAUCAUGGAAGAAGAAUGGCAAAGCUACCAAAGUGGAGCAUGAUUCUAGACAUGCGUCAGUGACACUUAGAGCAGACGAUGAUCAAGAAACUCUAGGGAGCAGUCACCUUGAUCUGCGGGAUGGCUCUACAACAAAGAAAGAAAGGAAAGCCAGUGCAGCAACGGCGAGAUUUACAAUAUACAAAGCAAACAAAGCUAGUAAAAAGAAGAGAGAAAAAUCUUCGGCAAAGAAAGAAAGAAAGGCGACAAAAACAUUAGCUAUUGUAUUAGGCGUAUUCCUCUUCUGUUGGGGUCCGUUCUUCUCGUGCAACGUGCUGGACGCGGUGUGCGGCAAGUUCGGGCUGCCGUACUCACCGGGCGUGACCGUGUUCAUCCUCACCACGUGGCUCGGCUACAUCAACUCCUUCCUCAACCCCGUCAUCUACACCAUCUUCAACCCGGAGUUCCGGAAGGCGUUCAGAAAGAUCCUGCGCUGUGGCACCUAGCCCCCGCAGUAUUUGGUCGUCUUUGCGCAGUAGGUCUCAAGAAUGUGUUUUGUUAUUCGUGGUGACGUUGAAAGUGAGUUUGUAAAACUGACUGGUAUUUUUGUUGGUGUAUUGGUGGAAUGACAUUUUCAUUAUCAGGAAUGUGUGGAUCCUGUUCGACAACGAAAUUAUCUCCAUAUUGAAGUUUUAUUGGAAGGACUAAAAUGGUUUGUGAAAAGAGCAAUAUUGAUGUAGUUGACAUAUCAUUUUUCUAUGGUUUUAUUGAGAUCGAAAGGCGACCAAAUAAUAUCAAAAACAAUGUGUAAAAUAUGUACAAAUAAUAAAAUAAGUAUUUAUCACAAUAAUUGUGUUAGCAUAUCAAUUAAAUUAUAAAGUACCCAAAUACUAAGUAGACUAUAGUAAAAUUUGUAAAAAUUGAUAAUAAUUAGGUGGAGUAAAGCUAUCACAAUAAGUUCUUAUCAAUAUCAAGGUACUUACUACUUUAAUUUACUUUAAAUGUAUCUAUAAGAUUACAGAAUUCUAAACAUUUUUUAAAUAGUUAAUACACCCGUCGAAAUAAUUAAAAAUCUAUUGUGUCUGGUUUAACAUGGGUCAGCGGAAAUUAAAAUUGUGUUUUAUGUAGUCUUAGGAAUAAUGAAUUUUGAAAUCCUUGUUAAUAAAUAAUACA